CGAACAUUGCACUCGCAACGAGGAAGAAGACCAGUGCCGGGCUUUGGGGGGAGGGCAUGCUGCGCCCGCUGCGUGUAGUCCAGGCUCUCGGCGUUGGCGUGCGAGGCGUCAAGACCAAGAUCAACAGGAGGGCGGCUGAGCUGAGGGUGAAGCACAAGGGUUUGCUCAUGCCUGAGCGGGUGUUUCUGGUCCGGCACGGCGAGUCUGAGGCCAAUCUGGACCGGACAGUGUACUUCGAGACGCCCGACAACGAGCACGCACUCUCGCUCCGUGGCUUCCAGCAGGCCAAGGCCGCCGGUGAGCUCAUCUCGCGGUACGUGCCGCCGGGCGAGGACUUUAUGAUCUACCACUCGCCGUUUGAGCGCGCGCUGCAAACGUGCGCCGGCAUCUACGCCGUCCUCGCCCAGACGCACGGCGAGGCAAAUCUGCAUGUGCGCGAGGAUCCGCGUCUCCGCGAGCAAGAGUGGGGCAACUACCAGACGCCAUCUGCGCUACAGGCCAUCCAGGACGAGCGGGCCAACGUCGGCCGCUUCUACUACCGCUUCCCAACCGGCGAAUCGGGGUGCGACGUCUUUGACCGCGUCUCAUCCAUGCUCAACACUUUUGUCCGCGACGCAUUCGGCACCAAGCGCAAGAACAAUGUUGUCAUCGUCUCACACGGUCUCACGCUCCGCCUCUUCCUCAUGCGCUUCUUCCGCUGGAACGUCGACACCUUUGAGGCGCUGAUGAACUUUGACAACGGCCAAGUGCUGCUCAUGAAAAAGGCACCCCACCAUGGGAUGGAGAUCAUGGUCGAUCCGCCGGUCGAAAACAUCUUUGAAGACCUGCUCAUCAACACACCGCUCCCGCCAGGCGCCACGUCGUACAACAGCCUCUUUGAGAACGGGGAGUGGACGUCACUGCCGGUCAUCCGCGACCUCGCCCGCUCGCUCUAUGGCAUGCCGCCCGACCGCUCCGGUCGCUCGCUCCUCGGUCACGCUGAGCCCGAGACCCAUGGCGACUACGGCCCCGACACCCUCGACAUCGCGAUGGAGGUCUCGCGCGAGCCCGAUGACAUGGCCGGCCCGCUCGGCCCGCUGCCCGAGACCGACGACCUCGACCGCGCGCCCACAGAGUUUGAUGCCAUCCAUGAUGCCAUCCACCAGGAUGUCAACGACUUUGACGCGCCGGCUUUCCCUCGCCGCAAGUCUCCCAUCCGGACGAGGCAAGCAGCUCCAACCCGACGGCGACGGCCCAUUCCACCAAUCACAAACCCAAGCCCAAGCCCAAGCCCAAGCCGCCGCAUACGUUUGCGGUAGAGCACAAGUAAGAAGCGACGUCUCCGGACCGCGACAGCGUAGGAAAGUAAUCAAAAGCAUACUCACCAA